UGAAUAUGAGGUAAAGCGACGUCGUUUGCUGCACCGCAGACUGCUGUGAUUACCCACCACUGAAGCUCCUUGAAAUUUAACCUUGCUCGCAAAGGAUUUCUCUUCUCCUACUUUUAGCUCCGAAUUCUUCUGCAGCUCGCUAAUCAGGGUUUAGAUCUAAGCAGUAGGGAUCAAAGUAUUACUGUCGAGUCAAAAGAUGGCUCGAGCUGGGGGGAUAACGAAUGCAGUGAAUGUGGGAAUCGCAGUCCAAGCUGACUGGGAGAAUCGAGAAUUCAUUUCUCACGUCUCCCUCAAUGUUCGACGCCUGUUUGACUUCCUUGUGCAAUUUGAAUCUACUACAAAAAACAAAUUAUCAAAACUGAAUGAGAAGCUGGGUACGUUGGAGCGGCGCCUGGAAUUGCUGGAAGUGCAAGUCAGCAAUGCAACAGCUAAUCCUGCUCUCUUCACUUCUACUUGAUCUCCUCACCAUCUUUGAGAAAAAAUGACUACAUGUGGUUAAUUUGCUGGACUACUAUAAAUUCAUUUGUUUCUUACACCAAUGUAUAUCGAGAUGUAUAACAAAUAUUUGACCCCCUCGAAUGUUGCUGCUGCACCUCAUUUUAUGUACGAUUUAUAUAGAAUUAUUUCCGACUUA